UGUGGGGCAUCAGUAUCACCACAGUCGUACCGAAAACCAAAACAAAAACCAAAUCACCAUGAAGUUCUUCCAAGCUGCUGCCCUGCUCCUGGCCAUGCUCGCCGCCCUGGCCAAUGCCGAGCCCGUACCCAAGCCUGGAACUGUGCUGAUCCAGACCGACAAUACUCAGUACAUUCGCACCGGCUAGAAGUUUCCGAGUUUCCGAGUACAAGGACUACAAAUGUUUGUGUUGACUGACGGCGUUGAUUUUCAUGAAUAAAAAUGAAUUGCUAAGGAAAUGAGAAAAUAAAUAUGCUUGUCAAAAGGAA